AUGGCCAGCCAGCUCAAAUAUAAAAAUGUCCCCAUCGAUGAUCAUGAAGAUUCAUCAACCACCGAGGUGGAAGAGUCUUUGAUGGGAGACGAGAAGCAGAUGUAUGGAGAGGAGUUCCGCCAGAAAUACGCGACAAAAUCAAAGAGGGUAACAUGCCUAUCCAUCAUUAAUCAGGCACGAUGGUUCCUUGACGCUGUAUUGCUACUUGUCAUCGUCGGACUGCUGGCGCGAGAUCAAUCGCAGAAGGCCAUCCCAAAAACCAGCGAGAAUGAGGUAGGAGGAGACUUUACGGGUGUUGGGCCACACUUCUCGACCCAAGUCACGACAUUUCAAAUCAACCAAACAUUUGCGCCAUACAACACAUCAGAGUUUUUUCGAGAAGAAGUUCUGACUGCAUGGAAUGAACUAAUGCCUCACGGAAUUGGAUUUCAAUGGGUGAACGACACACACAGAUAUCAUGAUCUACCUCACCCUAUCGUAUGGCCGAACAAGACAGUUUUCACAACUUCAAUGACCCAUCAGCUGCAUUGUCUGUUUGCCGUAGUAGAGACAUACUCUGGCCUGAAGUCCAACACAGCUUUGCCAGAAGAUCACCACUGGCACAUGAUUCACUGCUUUGACUAUAUGCGUCAGGCCAUUAUGUGUUCAGCCGACAUGGCUCUUGAAGGGCUGGAGACAACAUUCCCAGACCAUAAUGGAGGAUCCGAUGGCUGGGAUUCAAAGCACGUUUGUAAAGAUUACGGCCAGGUCAUCAAUUACCUGGAAAGCGUCAGAGCCUAUGACGACCAACAAAUUUAUUGA